AUGGGGAGGGCCCAAGAACAAAUACGGGCACAAAUGAAGGAAAUUGAUGAUCUCAAAGAGGAGCUGGGAGGCACUGAAAGGGCUCUACAGCAAGCUCGAGACCGUUUGGAUGAGAUGCAAGCAGAGCCUCCAUCCCAACGUGAUCAAGACCCUUCCUUAGUAACCCAAAUCUCAGAUUUGCAUGACACCAUUGAGGAAAAGGAAGCUCAGCUUUCGGACGCUAGGUCCACCGUUCUUGAACAAUUACAGGAGUUGUCAAGAGUGAAAAGCAACCUAGAUCAGUCCUCAACUGAUGCAAAGGACUUGAAGGCCCAAUUUGAAAGCAAAAGGGUGGCCCUCGAAGCUGAAGAGAGACAUUCUGCUAAUCUAAAGCAAAUGCUCCUCGAGACUCAGAGGAAACUUAGUCUGGGUCAACCCCAGCAAGAUCAGAGCGGGUGAAGCUCGCCAAGCAGUCAACAGACGCUCCCAUUCCCUACCUUUCGACCGAGUCGUGUCCCCAGAGGACAUUCAGGUCGAUCAAGUCCGGAUGACACCAGACGGAACUCGGGUCAUACUUUGUCGCCCCUUCCCCAACCAACACCUUCCGGGUAUCGUUCCCGAGUUACCAACCUCAGUCCACGCCUGCUGCUCGUCAAGCGGCAUAUCCCACAGACAGGGAUCUGGACAAGAUGGCUCGUAACAUCACACGAUUUGAACCCGGUCGAAAAGGUUCAGAAGACCCAAGCACCUACUUGAAAGACAUCGACUUCUGCUUGAGGAAGUUUCCAGGUGCUCUUGUGGAUGACAAAAUCUACUUGAUCAAAGCUACCUCCAAUCGAGAGGUUAGCAGCUUCAUUGAACAAGACCGCUUCGGGUCAAGAACGACUAUGACCUGCUGUGUCAGGCAUUAAUUGACUAGUUCUCUGACUCCCUUACACCCACUGGUUUAGCUGCUGCACUGUUAGUCAAACAGGAGAGACAGGAAUCUCCCCAGUCGUACUACAGUCGCCUUCACCAGGCUUACUUUGGUUGUCAAAAUGAACCUGAAAUGGAGGAAGAUCUAAACUUUAAGACUUUGUUUGUUCAAAACCUCCAUCCGACCACGAGUCAUCAUCUUGGUGUUGCUGCUUGUCCCGGAACCUUAUACAGCAGACAGCUCUGCAAACUGGCUGUAAAAGGCUUCGCUAAACAGCGACACACCCAAUCUAAGAAAGCUGAACCUGGUACUGUCUUGGCUGUGGACACAAGGUCUAUGCCCCUAGAUCUGGAGGGCGGUGCCGUGGGUGCGCAUUCAGAUGCACCUCAAACUGCAACAGCCCGACCAACCCAGAAUCUGAAAACUUCCCGAUAUCAGCCAGCUGAUAAAGGUCAAAUCCUGAAGCAGCCUCGGUCUGACAGUGAACAACACCAGGUCAGAUUUGACGAAGAUCGUCCACCCUCGUACUCUCGCAGGGAUGGGGCUCACCCUAGAAGGGAUGACACCCAUCGGCCCUACCGACCUGACAACAGGGGGUGGAGAGACCGGUCAGAUUGUUAUGGCCCACGCCGAGAACGAAACUCAGAGCGACCUUACCCGCAGUCUCAGUCAGCACUUUCUGACGAAGAGAUGGGUACAAAGGCUAAAUCAGACCCUCCCCAGAAGGGUAGUGGAUCUAAAGGUGGAUCUAAGGGUGAAUCAAAGUCCUCUGAUCUGACAGAGGAAGAAUGCAAACUCCUUAGACAAAUAAUCCGUAGAAUACAGAGAAAAGGAGAUAAGAAAGCAGAUCUCUUCUCUGUCGCUGUCACCGCCGUCCAGGAUGACACUUUUGAGCCAAACAUGAUGCCUGUCCAGCAGACUGCAGUUCAGGAGGACGUGUGUAUGUCCUUACAGGAGUCGGUGACACCGUCACCAGCUGACACUCCUGUCGAUCUUGAACCUCAGGACAACACAUCACAAGAAACGACAUCUACCAGCGCCGUCUUGGUAGUACAGGCGAACUCCACAGAGGAGCCAGCCGAAGAAGACUCCUCACUUAUUCGGCUUGAACCACCUUUCCUCCAAUUCUUGUGCAAGCUCACUGAGAAGGGCAUCGCACAGAAGUUUUACGUUAAUACCGUCCUUGAAAAUGAACUUCAACACGAAGCACUCUUAGACACUGCUGCUGACAUCACUCUGAUGUCCUCCACGCUCUUUAACCGCUUGCGCAAUAUGGUGCAGCAGUCCAACAGGGACAUCAAGCUGCAGCCCUGCGCCAUGGAGAUUCGGCCGUACUCCACAGACAGUACGACCUUAAAAACAAUGACGAUGUUGAACAUCUCCAUUGAACCAAUGAAAAUCAUGCACCCCGUGUAUGUAUCACCCCUUGAAUCGAUUCCUUUCCUCAUCAGUCAAGACCUUUUAAAACGGUUUGAGCCCCUGAUCGAUUAUUGACAGCUGAAAAUAUGGGCACAGGUCCGCAGACCAUUACCCAUACCAGCAACCGACAAGAAUCGGGCUCAGUGUUACGCCCUGACACGUGAACUUGCUACACGCCCGGGCCAUUUAUCACUGAGGGCAUUAACUUGAAUGAGAAUCACGUCAACGAUGUGAUUUUGGCUCUUUGGGCUGACAAAUCAGCCAUCAGCCGUGAACUGUACGACGCCUUAUCUAGGGAUGACCCGAACCUCCAGUGUGUUCGGAAAGCAUUUCGCUUCCCCUUGGACUCCCUUCCUAAAGCUACCAUGACUGCUGAAGGCGUCUGUGCCUUAACUGUGCGAUGGAACAAAAGGGAGAUGACUCACCACUUCCUGGUCAUCCCAGACCUACCACAUCAGGUCUACAUGGGAAGUGAUAUACUGGUCAGGUUGGCAGUCCAGGUCGAUACCAUUAACAACAUACUAUGGUCCCUUACCAGUGUUAAUGAGGAAACCCAGACUCCUGAUGUCGACAACAUCAUAUCAGGACAGUCGAUCCCUGAAGCCUGUCAGGUAGCCAAUGAACUUGACAUUGUCAUACCUGCAAUGACCACAAACGUUCCCAUUCGCUUGAACCUACAACUUGGACAAAAGCUGUCGCACACUCAAGCUUUCUUCCAGCCGUCGUUGCUCUUUCUUAAACUAGGGAAGAUACAUCAGAAGAUGUCCUGAUCCCUAAAUCCACCCCGCUGGGUUGGUUGAUCAGCACGUCGUUCCAUGACUUUGAAUUGAGGAUUCCUGUAAUAGGAAAAAUGCCCCGUUCUCUGAUGUCAGACCAUUCGCCGGAACAGGUCUUUCAUACCCUACCUUCCAGGGCUAUCUCGCUCUUUCCAACUGUACCGCUGGACCACGACACCAUCUGUCAGGUCGACCUCUCUGAGGACUCACAGAUGGUUCUGCACCAAGUGCAAGUCCUAAACGUCAGUUCGGAGCCAGAAAUGGCCCAUACACUUUCCGGUGUAGAACCCUCUAUCUUCCCAACCGGGCAAACACCGGAGCACGAUCCAGACUUUGACGCCAAAGUCGAACAGCUCGUAGCUGAGGCAGAUGCCCUGAACGGCGAAGAGGAGCGUGAAAAGCUUCGCAAACUUCUGCACAAAUAUCGAGCCUCUUUCGCAAAAGACUCGCUUGACUGUGGCUUAACCUCUAUCCACUCUAUCCGCAUUCCGACACCACCGGAUGCACCACCAACGUUUGUACGCCAGUACAAAAUUCCCUUAGCGUCCUAUGAACCUAUUCAGGAAAUCAUAGACAAUCUUUUGGCGAAAGGGAUCAUUCGGCCAUGUAACAGUACCUACUCAGCCCCACUCUGGCCGGUACUGAAACCAAACGGUAAAUGGCGACUGACCAUCGAUUACCACAAACUGAGCCAACAAGUUCCCCUUUCCAGGUGGCCUAUGGCUCAGCUCCAACAGGAUCUGCCAAAGAUCACUGACGCAAGAUACUUCUCCACUCUUGACGUGGCAUCAGGGUUCUGGGCGAUACCAGUACAGGAAGCUGACCAGCACAAACUGGCGUUCACUUUUGCCAACAGGCAGUACACCUUCACCCGAUGCCCUUUCGGCUAUGCCAACUCGCCAGCAGAGUUCAACAUCUUUCUUAACAAAGCCUGCCCAGACGCUAGUGAGAGAGGCACCCUCAUAUAUGUCGAUGACAUCUUAAUGAGGAGCCAAACCCUGGACAUGCAUCUCGCUGAGAUUGACCAUGUCCUGAACCAGCUCACGAACGCCGGGGCAAAGAUAUCUCUGUCGAAAUGUCAGUGGUGUAGGACCAAGGUGAACUACGUCGGUUUGCUUGUUGGUCCAACAGGUGUCGAACCACAGCUGAGUCGGAUCCAAGGACUGUCAAACCUUAAAGCUCCCACAAACAUCUCAGAGCUUCGCAGCUUUUUGGGAGUAUGCAACUACUCCCGACAGUUCAUUGAGGACUAUGCAGACUUAGCAAAACCCCUCACCAACUUACUGAAAAAGGAUGUGCCAUUCACUUGGGGACCGUCCCAACAACACGCCAUGCAAGCUUUAAAAGACAGACUCUGUGCAGCUCCUUGUCUUGCCUACCCAGACUGCAACAGACCGUUCUAUCUGGAGGUCGGCUUCUCUUGUCACUGCCUCAGUGCAGGAUUAUACCAGAUCCAUAACACAGAUAAACGAGUCGUCGCGUGCGCUAGCAAAACCUUGUUGGCUCCUGAACUGAAGUUCUCGGACUGCGAAAAGCGCUUCUCGCCACGGUGUGGGCUGUGAAGCAUUUUUCCAAUUAUCUUGGAGGCCAAAAGGUGAUUGUGGAAACCAAUCAUCAACCAGUGACCUUCCUUAACAGCCAGAGAAUCAGAGAUGGCGUUGUAACCAACGCUCGUGUAGCGUCUUGGCUUAUGGCCUUUCAGAGCUUCGACAUCGAGGUCCACUACGCCCAAAAUCGUAAAACACCUCUCGGGAUGGAACUCGCAGCGUGCCAAAGCUGCUUGACAGACAGCGCGGACACAGGGUCCCCAACCUGCGACCCCGAGCCACCUGAAUUAUCUUGCCACCGGUACUUCGACGACAAUGUCUGCAAAGACAUGAUUACAGCUUAUGUUGAUGGUUGCUCAUACCAUCACGACACUGUUCUCCGAGCAGGCGUGGGUGUUGUCUGGGUCAACGACAACCGUGUGAACCACUCAGCUUCAACCUAGGGGCCCAAACGUCUCAGUAUGCUGAAGUGGCAGGCAUUCUAAUUGUUUUGCAACUUGCGGUGGAACACAAAAUCCACGCCUUAACGAUCUGUACAGAUUCCAACUAUGCACGACUCAGCUUCUCAUGCCAUCAGCCUUUGUGGAAACGCAACGGUUUCUUGACUUCGAACAGAAAGCCGGUCAAACACAAAGAUCUGUUCCUGGCGUGCGACUUCUUGACCUCUAACCAUGAUCUCCAGAUCUACUGGAAGAAAGUCAGGGGGCACUCUCGUAUUCCUGGUCCAGACAAGACGUUUAAUGACCAGGCUGACUCCUUAGCCAAACAGGGGGCCUUAACUGGCUCAGACUGGCACUUUGAGCCCUCUGUUUUUCCCCUCCCACCCGUGCCCCUGGUUUGUGCUGUCACCAGAGCCCAGUCUCGAGCUCCACCCCGCCUGGCUCCCUCGGGCCCGGUCUCCGCCACUGUGGCUCCGGCUUUUUCUGACUCUGACUUGCUAGCGCUCCAAGCUUCGGACCCAGCCAUUGUUGCCAUGACGCAGUUCCUUUCAGGGCCUCCUGACUCCUCCAUGCCUCCUGACUUGUUUGACUCCAUCCCUGGCCUGCACCAUCUUUUCCGCGUGCGCUCUUUGCUGUGGCUCGUCAAGGGCUUUCUGAUUUAUGUCUCCGAUGCACUCACUUCGCCUGCCCUGGUGGUGCCUCGCAGCCACAGGGGGUGA